GCGGACUUACAAACCCUAGGCCUAGGUAGCUAUGGCGGCCUCUUAGGGUUUUUCUCCGCGGCGUGGGGUUUUGUGAUCUAUCCGAGGCAGUGGCGAUGCAUGCGUAGAUCGAUCCGGCAGGUAGAAUUUGAGAUCUCCGACUAGAUGUGUAUCGGAUUCUAGAGUCUCGCCAGAAAAUCUACAGCAUUGUCUCUGGAGAUGGAGCGCAGCAGCAGCAAGGCCGGCAAUGGCCAGGCAUCCAAGAUUUCCGCAUCGCCGGACGACGAUCAGGGGAUAUUUCGCCGCGCCAAGCGCUCAAUCGACGAUCUCAUCACGCAGGCUCGUCGAUUCCGGCUCAAGACGAAGCAGCAGGAGCUCCUGAUCCGGGUCAGCGCGCUGCUACUCAUCUACGUCCUGGCAUUCGCGACGCGGCUCUUCAGCGUACUUCGCUACGAGAGCGUGAUCCACGAAUUCGAUCCAUACUUCAACUACAGGACCACACUCUAUCUCACGCAGAAAGGAUUCUACGAGUUUUGGAACUGGUUCGACUAUGAGAGCUGGUAUCCUCUGGGCAGGAUCAUCGGUGGGACUUUGUAUCCGGGGCUCAUGGUCACUGCCGCGCUACUCUACUGGACGCUGAGGCUUCUAAGUUUCGCCGUUCAUAUCCGGGACGUUUGCGUGCUCACCGCGCCUUUCUUCGCCUCAAACACAGCCAUGGUCGGGUACUUCUUUGGGAAAGAGCUCAAGGAUCCAGGGACUGGAUUGGUGGCGGCAGCGUUUCUAGCAAUCUGUCCGGGAUAUAUCUCGAGAUCGGUGGCCGGGUCUUACGACAACGAGGGGGUGGCCAUCUUUGCGUUGCUGCUUACGUUCUAUCUGUUCGUCAAGGCUGUGAACACGGGAUCGCUGGCUUGGGCCGUGGCCUCGGCGUUUGCGUACUUCUACAUGGUGUCGGCCUGGGGAGGAUAUAUCUUUAUCAUCAACUUGCUGCCGAUCUACGUGCUGGUUUUGCUCGUCACUGGGAGGUACUCGUUGCGGCUCUAUGUCGCUUACAACACGCUGUACGUCCUGGGCAUGCUCUUGGCGAUGCAAAUUCGCUUCGUCGGCUUUCAGCAUGUCCAGUCCGGGGAACACAUGGCCGCAAUGGGAGUUUUUUUCCUCAUGCAGGUGUUUUAUCUAGUGAACUGGGUGAAGAGCAUGGUCGAGCCCAAGCUCUUCCAAGCGUUCCUCAAGAUCGCUGUGAUUGUCACCGGAGGUGCCGGCGCACUGGCACUGGGUGUGGGAAUGGCAACGGGUUAUAUUUCUCCGUGGACAGGCAGGUUUUACUCGUUGCUGGAUCCAACUUAUGCCAAGGAUCACAUACCGAUUAUCGCCUCGGUCUCUGAGCACCAGCCGACAGCGUGGUCAUCGUUUAUGUUCGACUACCACCUCCUCCUCUUUUUGUUCCCGGCGGGGCUUUUCUUCUGCUUCCGACGACCGACGGAUGCCACCAUAUUUAUCAUGAUCUAUGGUCUGACAAGCUUAUACUUUGCCGGGGUUAUGGUUCGGCUGAUCCUCGUCGCAACGCCGGCGGUAUGCCUCAUCGGAGCUAUCGCGGUGUCCUCGACUUUGAAGAACGUAUGUGGUCUUCUACGUGAGAAACCUGUGGGUAAAGUUCCUGAAAGACAAGGCAAAGACAAAUCAAAGGGUGGAUCGGACCAGUCGAUUCCGUUCCAAAGGGAAGCCUGCAUUGUCGUCCUCGCCGGAGCUCUUUAUCUCCUGACGAGCUAUGCUUUGCACUGUACUUGGGUGACUUCCGAGGCUUAUUCUUCACCCUCCAUAGUUCUCGCUGCCCGGCAAAGCAACGGAGACCGAGUUAUCUUCGAUGACUUCCGUGAGGCUUACUUCUGGCUUCAGCACAACACUCCUCCAGACGCGAAGGUCAUGUCUUGGUGGGAUUAUGGGUAUCAGAUCACCGCGAUGGGAAACAGGACGGUUAUAGUGGACAACAAUACGUGGAACAACACACACAUUGCUACUGUAGGACGAGCAAUGUCGUCCUACGAGGAUGAAGCUUACGAGAUCAUGCGGUCCUUGGAUGUGGAUUACGUUCUGGUAGUAUUCGGUGGUGUCACUGGCUAUUCCUCGGACGACAUAAACAAAUUCUUGUGGAUGGUUCGGAUUGGAGGUGGCGUAUUUCCCGUCAUCAAGGAGUCCGAUUAUCUCAACAAUGGAGAAUACCGGAUCGAUGCAGCCGCGGCUCCAAAGAUGCUAGAGUGUUUGAUGUACAAGUUAUGCUACUAUAGAUUUGGCGAAGUAUCUACAGAGUAUGGCAAGCCUCCGGGGUGGGAUCGUGCUCGGGGAACUGUAAUUGGCAAAAAGGAUUUCGAGCUGGAGUACCUGGAUGAAGCAUUUACAACGUCAAAUUGGAUUGUUCGCAUUUACAAGCUCAAGCCCCCUGCAAACAGGAAGUAAACAACCAAUUUUUGUAAUCGCAGCCAAAGACUUUUGCAAAUCAAGUUUCUAACUCUCUUUUCGUA